ACUUCCUCCACGUGGUGUUGGCGCAAACUCCCGCCUGGAACAUUCAUUUGUCAACAAUAUUGUUGAGACGCUUUGAUUCUAGUGUCCGAUUGUCUGCGUCCUUUUUUCACUCUUUCCCAGAAUGGCCGCUAAUGAACAAAAUUUCGAUGUUGAAGAUGAACUUAUCACUGAGGAAGAACUCGAGCAGGCUCUGUGUGUUCUGGCUGGAAGCGACCCAGAAAAUUGCUCUUAUUCCCGGGGCUAUGUAAAAAGGCAGGCAGUGUUCGCCUGCAACACUUGUACUCCCAGUUCUGCGGAGCCUGCAGGGGUCUGUCUGGCCUGUGCCAAUAAAUGCCAUGAUGGACACGAUAUCUUUGAGCUGUAUACCAAAAGAAAUUUUCGCUGCGAUUGUGGAAAUAGCAAGUUUGGUGAUUUCCAGUGUCAUCUGAGUCCCGAUAAAGAUGAUGAAAACAUCAGAAAUCACUAUAAUCACAACUUUAAUGGCUGCUACUGCACAUGUGACCGGCCAUACCCUGACAUAGAUGAGCAGGAUGACAAUGAGAUGAUUCAGUGUGUUGUAUGUGAGGACUGGUUUCACAGCAGGCACUUGGGCUGCUCUGUGGCUGAACCCGAAGAGUUGCAGGAAAUGGUGUGUGAGGCCUGCAUGAACAAAGCUCCGUUCUUGUGGACGUAUGCCGCUCACUUUGCAGUACCACCUGUGACCAAUGUCAGUCAUUCUAAAGAGGAUGAGGACGUAGAGGUUGAUAUUGAAGGGGAAAGCACUCAAAGUAAGGAGGAACCAACCACCAGCGAUGAGCACACAAUGCAGGAGGAAGAGGAAAAGAGGAGUUCCCCUUGCAAACGAACCCAUGAGGAAAUGACAUGCGGCUCUUUAAAGGCCACAAACAAAAGUGCAGACUGCAGGCUGAAGAAGCUGCAGGCACAGGGGUUAGACAGGCUGAGACAAGGAGCUGUGUUCUGGCCUUACAGCUGGCGCUCUGAGCUUUGCACCUGCACAACCUGCAAGAAGGCCUAUGUAGCUGCAGAAGUUCAGUUUCUCAUGGAUCAGUCUGACACUAUUCUGGCCUAUGAAAAAAAAGGUUUGGAUGAACCUUUUGGGCAGCACCCAUUGAUGGCACUGACUAGCUCUAUGGACCGUGUGCAGCAGCUAGAGGUCAUUUAUGGUUUCAACGAGUUGACAACUUCAGUCAGUGCAUUUUUACAGCAGAGCAUCUCUGAAGGAAAGACAGUCACCGUCGAGGCUGUACAUGAAUUCUUCCAGGAGCUGCAAGCCAGAAAAAAACGCAAAACUGAUGCAGGAUAUCAGUAACGAGGUGUUUAAGCUGCUUGCAUCAUAUGCUGGAUUCAUAUGAUGCUUUAAAUAGUGUGCCAUUUCGAAGAUGACCUUUGUUUCCCUCCUCACCAAAACUUUGCUGUGAUUGUGAUACUAAAGCUUGAACUUAUUGCACACUG